AAGCAGGCUCCACACUGUCAGCACGAGCCCGAUGUGGGGCUCAAACUUACAAACCAUGAGAUAGUGACCUGAGCCAAAAUCAAGAGUCAGACGCUUAACCGACUGAGCCACCCUGGCACCCCAAAGAUAUUUUCUAAUUGCAAUUGAAGUUUAGAAUUCUACAUUGAGCUGAAAAGCAUUAGUUCCACUACUCAUGUCAUUGUCAUAGCUCUGUGAAGCCCUCAGAUGUUUAGGGAGCCUGCAGUUCAAACAUGUUGCUGGCUUGUCGGAGGUAGCCUUCGUUGCCAUUAGCUUCUUAUUUUUUAAAAAGUCAGCAAGCCAUGGACAAUCAUUAGUUAUAUGCAUGCUGCUCUUUUGGUACCUGUGUAUGACAUAUUUCCUCUUCUCAAGUGACUUGCUAUCUAGGCGGAGAGACAGAUUCAUAAGCAUUUAUUCAAAUGCAGUAUAUGUUGGUUGCCCUAGGUACAGAAAAAAACCUUCUUCAGUUAACUCUUGAUCUUUUGGCUGAAGCAUUUGGCAGAAUCAUAGUCCUGCUGGCUCUCUAUUUACAGAAUACUCCCAAAGGAAUAUUCUCUGCUAAGGGAGGUUGAAGGUUUGAAGCGACUCGUGCAAUGUGCAGUGAUGCUGGCAGCACAUACUAAAGCUUCCAGAAGGCCCUGGCCUGGGACCACCAAAUCAGAUCUGUAUGUCAAGUCACAGUAAUCCUUCAGAAGCAGGGAUUAGUAUCAUUCAAGGAUGUGUCAGUCAGUUUCACCCAGGUGGAGUGGCAGUGGCUGGACUCAGCUCCGAAGAUCCUGUACAGGGAUGUGAUGCUGGAGAACUACAGCAAACUGGUUUCAGUGGGGUGUCUUACAAUCAAACCAGAUGUGAUCUCCCAGUUGGAGCGAGGAGAAGAACCAUGGAUAAUAGAGGUGAUGUUCUCAAGCCAGAGUCUUCCAGCCUAGGUUCCAGCUCCCUUGGAAAAAAGCAGCUUUUGUUAAGUAAGAAGGAAGAAGCCCCAGGAAGAGGAAUCCUACCUUGAAGAUCACUCCUCUGACUUCAGACUUCUUACCACAGUCUUUAGAGCAGAGGCAGGAAACUGCUAGAAAGGAGCAGGUCCUAGGUUUGCGUAGUCUGAAGUAGCCGUUCUUUAUUUUGCUCAGAAGGAGCAUUGUUUCACUAUCACCACAUCCAGAGGGCCUCACCAUGAUGGUGAGAGGUCGGGACCAAGUUUCAGAAAAGAUAGCUAUACAUUCAACCUUCUCUAUACUUUCCCAAAAGGAACAGAAGAAGAACAAAUCCCAGGGAUCGAUUUCAUUUGAGGAUGUGACUGUGAACUUUACCCAGGAGGAGUGGGGUCAACUUGACCCUGAUCAGAGGACCUUGUACAGGGAUGUGAUGUUGGAGAACGAUGGCUUCUUCAUCUCACUGGGACAUUCCAUUACCAAACCAGAGGAGAUCUUCAAGUUAGAGCAAGGAGCAUCAUGGAUAUUAGAGGAGGAGUUUGCAAGCCAGUAUUACCUACGUGAGCAAUCCAGGGAAAUUAGAUUCCAGGUUGUUGUUUCAGGUAUAGGCAUCUUCGGAGUGUUUUCAAGACCCUCUUUCAAGAGACUCUGUUUAGAAGUGACUAAGGAUAGUUACCCACCAGUAAUAGAAACUAUUCAGGAAAGAAAUCCGAUGAUGCCAGUGGGCGUGAGAAAUUGCUUCCGGAUAUUAAUCAUGACGAAACUCAUAACUAGAAAGAAGUUCAAUGAAUUUAAUAAAAAUGAGAGCAUCUUCUAUCAUAAUGAGGAUUUUAUUUGGCAACAAAAGAUUCACACUGCAGAGCAACUGUUUGAAUAUAGUGAAUGCAUUAAAGCCUUCCACAGUAAUGAUCUCUUCAUUACACAUAAAGGAACUCACACAGGGGAGAAAUUCCGUGAUUAUAAUGAAUGUGAGAAAACUUUCAGGGGUGAGUCAAACCGCAUGUUAGGCCAGAUAAUUUACUCAAGGAAGAAUCCCUAUAAAUUUAAGGCAUGUGGAGAAACCUGUGAUAAGUCAGUCCUUUGGAAGAAAUGUCAUAGAAUUCACAUGGGUGAGAAAUACCACGAGUGUGAUGUGUGUGGGAAAACCUUCCUCCGUAAGUCAAACCUCAUCGUACAUCUGAAAACACACACAGGAGAAAAACCCUAUGAAUGUAAUGAAUGUGGGAAACCCUUUUACCAUAAGCCAGCCCUCACUGUACAUCAAAGAAUUCAUAAGAGAGAGACCUAUGAAUGUGUUAAAUGCGGGAAAACUUUCUACCAGAACUCAGCCCUCCGUCAACAUCAGAGAACACACACAGGGGAGAAGCUAAAAUGUAGUGAAUGUGGAAAAUCUUUCUCCCAAAAGUCAGACCUGACUGUGCAUCAGAGAUCUCACAUAGGAGAAAAACCUUGUAAAUGUAAUGAGUGUGACAAAUCCUUCAGUAUAAAGUCAAAACUCAAUGUACAGGAGAGAAUACACUCAGGGGAGAAGUCUUAUGAAUGUAGUGAACGUGGGAAAAUGUAUUAUAUGAAGUCAACCCUCAGUAAACAUCAAAGACUUCAUACAGGGGAGAGAAUACAUGAAUGCAAUGAAUGUAGGAAGACCUUCUGUGGGAAGUCAGUUCUUCUUAAACAUCAGAGAACUCACACAGGGGAGAAACCUUAUGAAUAUGUAGAAUGUAGGAAAACCUUUUCUGAGAAGUCAACCCUCAGUAAACAUCAGAGGAUUCAUACUGGGGAGAAACCCUUUGAAUGUAACAAAUGUGGGAAGGCAUUUUACCAGAAGUCCCAACUUAUUCAACAUCAGAGGAUUCACACAGGGGAGAAACCCUAUGAAUGUAAAGAAUGUGGGAGAACAUUUUGCCAGAAGGCAUCCCUCAAUGUACAUCAGUGAACACACAUGGGAGAGAAGCCCUUUGAAUGCAACGAAUGUGGAAAAUCUUUCUAUGAUAGUUCGACCCUCAUUAAACGUAAGAGAAUUCACUCAGGGGAGAAACCCUAUAUAAUGUAUGAAUGUGGGAAGACCUUCAGCCACAAACCAAAUCUCACCACACAUCAGAGAAUACACAUAGAAGAGAAACACUGUAAAGAUGGAUGUGUGAAACCAUCUUGCUGUAACUCAGAACUGUUGGCCCGACAGUAUAUCCAUAUGGAUAUAUCCAUAUCCCUCCCUCCCUGUGGUUGUAAUGAAUGUGGGAAGUCCUACCAGAAGUCAGCCUUCAUAGAACUCACACACAAUAGAUAGCUGGCAAUGCUUUUACCAAACUGGACACAGAGCAAGUCUUUAUCUCUCAGCUGCUGUUGCAUCCAGGUGGGACAGUAUGCAUGAGAGCUAGCCAAUGGGAUGUGAGCAUAAUGAGGUAAUUCACUUGUAGGUCUGACACAUAAAGGCCCCCACGGCAAUUCUUCGUGUUCUCUCCUCUCUAUGGGGUAGGACGUAGAAAGCCUUCUGUUGAGGAGUCAGCACACACUGUGUGUUAGUGAACUCACACAAGAGUAGAAACAUCACCUUGAUGUUUAGAAACCUAAUCCAUAAAUGAAACUUACUGUCACUGGAGAAUCCAAACUGAGAAAUCCAGAGAUCACAACAAAUUUAGAAAAGCCUUUCUGAAAAGGUUAUUAUCUCAUUGAACCUCAGGUAAAUAAUAGUAGACUGAAACCUUAUAAAUACAUGGUUUUCUGAAAGUUUGCAACAAAACAUAAUUUAUUAGAUUUCAGAGAAUUAUUACUGAGGGAAACUGAAUUUAGAAAAUACAGAGAGGGGCGCCUGGGUGACUCAGUUAAGCAUCCAACAUCGGCUCAGGUCAUGAUCUCAUGGCUCGUGGGUUCAAGCCCCACAUGGGGCUCUGUGCUGACAGCAUGGAACCUGCUUUGGAUCCUCUGUCUCCCUCUCUUUCUGCCCCUCCCCUGCUUGUACUAUUUCUCUCUCAAAAAUAAAUAAACACAAAAAAAGAAAAGAAAAUACAGAUAAAUUUUUUUUUCUUUAGGAAAAAAUGUUUGGGGCACCUGGGUAGCUCGGUCCGUUAAGCAUCUGACUUUGGAUCAGGUCACGAUCUUGUGGUAUGUGGGUUUGGGCCCUGUAUCAGGCUCUGUGCUGACAGCUCAGAGCCUGGAAUCUGCUUUGGAUUCUGUCUCCCUCUCUCCCUCUCCUGUUCCCCGCUCUCUCUCUCGCUCUCUCUCUCUCAGAAAUAAACAUUAAAAAAUUUUAGAAAAAAAAUGUUUAAGUUGUCACAGGAAAUACAAAGGCCAAGUACACAUUUUUUACAUUUAGCACAAGUCUGAAUGUAAGGCAGCCACUGGGAACAGUAAGCUCAUUGUACUUACCACCAUAAAAUGUGCUCAUUGAGAAAACAACCCCAUCUUUGGGGCAUCUGGGUGGCUCAGUCGGUUGAGCAUCCAACUUUGGCUCAGGUCAUGAUCUCACAGUUGGUGAGUUUGAGCCCCACUUCGGGCUCUGUGCUAACAGUUCAGAGCCUGGAGCCUGCUUCGGAUUCUGUGUCUCCUCUCUCUCUUGUGCUCUGUCUCUCUCUGUCUUUCAAAAAUGAAUAAACAUAAAAAAAUUAAAAAAAAUUUUAAAACUACCUUUUUAACUUUAUUUAUUUUGAGAGAGAGUGUAGUGGCAGAGAGAAAGGGAGAGAGAGAAUCCCAAGUAGGCUCCGUGCUCAUAGCACAAAGCCCCUCCCAUGCUCAUGCUCUCUCUCUCUCCCUCUCUAAAAUAAAUAAACAUUAAAGAAAGAAAGAAAGAGAAAGAGAGAAAGGAAGAAAGAAAACAACCCCAUCUUUGAAUAUCCUGAAAUGUUUAAUUGGGGAACCUAAAUAGGUUUGAAUAUGCCAAACCUAACUUAGAUGUAGCCUGGGAACUAUUUGUACGGUAGCAUGCCAUAUAUUGUUCUUUGCCUUUACUUCCUAGUAUUAACAACCAUGACAUAUGGUGCAAGAGUUGGCAAACGUUUUCUGUAAAAGGCCAUAUAGUAAAUACUUUAGCCUUACAGGCUACAUAUGCUUCCUGUUAACAUUUUUUUUUCUUUUACAACCUGUUAAAAAUGCAAAAUUCAUUCUUAGCUCAUGGGCCAUUGAAAAACAGACUUGGCCAGAUUUAGCCAAGUUUGCUGGCCCCUGAUCUAGUGGACUCUGGAAACUAGACUUCCUAGGCUCAAGUUUCCAGUUCUACUGCAUAUUAGUUGUGUGGCCUGGGGCAAACCCCUGAACAUUGUUCCUCAGUUUCCUUAUUUGCAAAAUGAUUAUAAUGACAUUACCCUACCACAUGGAGUUCCAGUGAGGAUUUGGUAAAUUAAUAAAUAUAAUGUACUAGACCAUUGUAUAGAAUGUUACAAAUGAUAGCUAUUAUAUGAGUAGCAAUAGAUUUGUUAGAACUUUUAUAGGCUUUUGAUUAUCUACUCAACAGCUGUCCCUCCAUGCCAGCAGACCAGUUUUUUUGUUUCAUUGUCCACCUCCCUCUGUAUGAUUCAGGAAACAAAUAAUGAUUGAUCUAACCUAAUUUUUGCCCAGCUUAUUGAGGUAUAAUUGACAAAUAAAAUUGUAAGAUAUUUAAAAUGUAUAAUGUGAUGAUUUAAGUAUGCAUUGUAAAAGGAUUCCCCCAUCAAGUUAAUUAACACAACUAUCACCUCACAUAUUUACCACCCCUGCUUUUUUUGGUGAGAACAUUUACAUUCCACUCUCUGCAAAUUUCAUUUAUACAGUAUACAGUGCUAUCAACUCUAGUCCCAUGUUAUACAUUAGAUCCUUAUGGUCUAACCUAAUUUUGAAAAAUGUGUCCUGAUUAAUGAUUCAUUUGAAAUAAGCAUCUGAGGGCACCAGGGUGGCUCAGUCGGUGACGCAUCCGACUCUUGGUUUUGGCUCAGGUCGUGAUCUUGCAGAUCGUGAGUUCGAGCCCCAUGUUGGGCUUUGUGCUCUGAGCACGGAGCCUACUUGGGAUUCUCUCUCUCCCUUUCUCUCUGCCCCUACACUCUCUCUCAAAAUAAAUAAAGUUAAAAAGGUAGUUUUAAAAUUUAAAAAAAAAUUUAUGUUUAUUCAUUUUUGAAAGACAGAGAGACAGAGCACAAGCAGGGGUGGGACAGAGAGAGAGAGGGGGACACAGAAUCUGAAACAGGCUCCAGGCUCUGAGCUGUCAGCACAGAGCCCGAUGUGGGCUCAAACUCACGAACCACGAGAUCAUUACCUGGGCCGAAGUUGGAUACUCAACCGACUGAGCCACCCAGGCGCCCCUAAAAAGGUAGUUUUAAAGAGAAAAGGAAAUAAGCAUCUGACCCAGCUCUGGCAGGGGAAAAACUUUAAAAUAAUUUUCAGUGAAAUAUGGGGGAACAGGAUUCCCCAGUGGUUAACAGACAUUUGAUAUAAAAGGCCUAUGAUUUUGCUGGAUAUUUUUAUGACUGGAUGUGACAUCCAAUUAUAUCUUUUGAUCCUAAGGUAGUAUCUGAGUAUGGCAGAAUACAAAGCUGGGAAGGAGUUGGGUCAGCAGUGUCUUUUGAGCAGGUGAAUUAACCACCCCUGGAGCUUCUUUAUAUGAGGUAUAUAUUUUUCUAAUGAUACCUGAGUUGAGUUGAGAUUUUCUGUUUCUUAGAGCUGAAGGUAGUUUAAUCAACUUACAGGUAUACCUUUUUGAAGAGGUAUAACUGAUUAACAUUAAUAUUAAUCAGCCUCAGGGGAGAAUAUGUUCUUAUGAGAAACUGAUUCGGGGUGGCUGUUUUUCAGUCCUGUAAAUCUCCAUGUAGUGAGCCUAACCAUUAGAAAUAAAGCGAUUUGGGACGCCUGGGUGGCUCAGUUGGUUAAGUGUCCUACUCUUGAUUUCGGCUCAGGUCAUGAUCUCACAGUUGUGAGAUCCAUCCCCCCUGCCUCUCCUCUGCUCACAUUCUCUUUCCCUCUCUUUCAAAAUAAAGAUAUAAACAUUUAAAAAAUACUUAAAAAAAAGAAAUAAAGCUAUUUGUUAUUCUGUUAUAUGAAACAAGUGUUUAAUUCAUUGAGCUUUCAUUGCAUCUGCACAAGAGAAGUACUUGGAAAAUCAUUACGUCGUGUGUCUCACAUUAAAAAUAUGUGAAAUGAACAUUAAGUUAAAUUUGUCCAUUGAUCUGUCUCUGUGUUAUUGCUUGAUUAGAUAUGGUGUGAGAUAAGGAUCUAAUGUUUUCCCAAAUGAAUAAUCAGUUCUCAACACUGUGUGAUUGAAGUUUGAAGUACUAUCUUUAUCAGGUGCUAAAUUACCAUUUUUAGGGAGUAUUUUUGCUCAGGACUUCAUCCCUUUAU